CGUUUUCCGACAGAAAAUGGCGGCUUACAUGUGAGGACGUGAAGCAAGAAGUAGUCUGCAAUGACAUUGAAGUCAUUACUUAUGCUAUAAUACUAAGCUUCGUUUCACUCUUAUUUUGGAUUUAAUGUUUCGGUAAGCGGCAUUAUAAAAAGGCGAUGAGUGGAUCUGCGAUUCAAGAGAAGGUUGCUAGACUGUUGAACAGACAGAAUGGAAGACCCGCUCUGAAACCCAACAAACCUCUGGCGCUCAAGAAUGAAGUCGCCAGCCGCAGGCCAAGGAAAGGAGAGGCCACCUGCGUAACGGAAAUGUCAUUUCUUAUGGCUUGCUGGAAACUGAAUGACUUCAACAACUCCGUCUGCUCUAAAGAAGUCUCAGCCUUCUACACAUGUGUUGAAAAGGCGCAGAUCAAGGCCAAAGAGAAAAAGGGAACUCAGGGUCGACUUUUGCCUAAAGAAGCCAACACCUUAUUAAAACGAUUUCCCAACCUGGGCAGUGAGAUCUAGGACCAGUACCUCAGAUUGGUCAAAGAAUGGAGACUUUUAUUUUCUGAGCUGUAGAGAUGGGGACUUUUAGUCUGAGUGUGUGACUGGGCCGGGCAGUUGAUGAGAACGGGUGUGGAAAAAAAGCAAUGAAACUGUCACUGGAUCUCGAACUCUGCCAAAAGGCCAUCAGCGGAUGCUCACAAAGCAAAUGAACUGCAUUCGUGGGGUUUUCGAAGGCACUUUUGGUGAUUACUACAUUACUGCACUCCUGUAGGUCAUCUCAUCAGAGCAGUACAAAGAAACAAAAACUGGUUCCUUUACACACUUAAAGGGAUAGUUCACCCAAAAAUGAAAAUCUUCAUGUCUUUUUUGUGUUCAGCAGAUGAGAAGAGCCGUGUAGGUUUAUAUUGACGUGAGGGUGAGUACACAAUGACAGACUUCUCAUUUUUGGGUGAAUUGUCCCAUUUAAUAAGUUAGUACUUUGUGUUAUUGAUUUUGACUACACCAUUUUUACUUCUUGGUAAUCUGAAUGUUAUCAUAUUGGUUUUUGGUAUUUUCAAAAUCCUCCCUGCAUAACUGAGCUGUGUGACCUGUAAAACCUAGCAGUUUAUUUAUUUAUACACCAACGUUCUUCCUGUUUCGUGCUGUGCCCACAAUAUAAUUAGUCUCAGCCUUUUUCAAUUAUCAAAAAAAUGGAGAUCGGGAGAGAAGUACUCGGUGCCGGAUCACGUUACAUGCCAGAACACGGUGUAUUGAAUUCAACCGCGAGAGCUCUGCAAUGAAGAUACGAGUCAUUAUUAAACACGUUAACUUCCAAACAA